GUUAGCCGCGUUAGCAUUAGCACGCUAGCCCCCAGCAGCUGUCGGUGGCAGUCAGUCAGCCAGCCAGCCAGUCAGUUCGAGUGGUGGUGCAUUUGGAAUCAUCCUCCUUCACCGUCUUCUUCCCUCCCGUUGAAAAACCUUGGACGACCGGGUUGUUUCUUCGGGAGCCAGCCUCCUCUCCUCACCUUGCCGCCUCCUUUCCUCUCCUCUGUGGGCUACCUGCGGUAACAUCGUUGGAAGACGCUCUGGGACAUGGCCAGACCAGAACAAGUCCUGGUGCUAGAGCCACAACACGAACUGAAAUUCAGAGGACCGUUCACAGAUGUCGUCACUGCCACUCUGAAGCUCACCAACCCCACAGAUAGAAAUGUGUGUUUCAAAGUCAAGACGACUGCACCACGCAGAUACUGUGUGCGCCCAAACAGCGGCAUCAUCGAUGCUGGGACCUCCAUCAAUAUUUCUGUUAUGCUGCAACCUUUCGACUACGACCCGAAUGAAAAGAGUAAACACAAAUUCAUGGUGCAGUCCCUGCUGGCUCCAUACGACAUGACUGACAUGGAAGGAGUUUGGAAGGAGGCAAAACCUGAGGAGCUGAUGGAUUCAAAGUUGAGAUGUACAUUUGACAUGCCGCUAGAAAAUGACAAAACUCAUGAGAGUGAAAGCAUCAAAGUGUUCUCCUCUCCCACCCCUGUUAAGACUGAGCACUCCGUACUGCCAAAGUCGGCCAGUGCCUCGCUGGACGACGGGGAGGUCAAGAAGAUCAUGGAGGAGUGCAAGCGGCUGCAGAUGGAAGUGCAGAGGUUACGGGAAGAAAACAAACAGAUCAGGGAGGAUGAUGGUCUGCGGAAGAGGAAGGUGGCGUCAGUGGCUCCUCACUCCUCCUCCUCCAUGGUGACCUCGGCCGUGAGGGACGAAGGCCUGAGCACCCGCGUCCUGGCGCUGUGCGUGCUCUUCUUUGUCAUUGGAGUCAUCAUUGGCAAAUUGCUUCUGUAGAGACACAGACAGACAGAGCACAGUGACGGACGGAUGGACGGACGGGUGGAGGAGGCCGUACUUGGGAGGACACGUGUGUCAAUGAUGGCAACAGGGAUGUCUUCUGCAGUUAUGUUGAUUUCUUUUUUUUUUUUUUUCUGUUUUUUUUUUUUUGUUUUGUUUUUUUACAUUUAAGGCAAUAUCAGAAUGAUUUGUCUGGAUGAAAAUGGCAUGUAUAAAAGAAAACAAAGGAAGGCGAUCCUAAGUUAAACCAUGAGGGCAAGCGUUUGGUCACAGGUCUAGCCUUUUUUCUCUUUUUGUGAAAUAAUCACCAUCUCUGAUCUGAUUUUUUUCCGUCCAUCCCUCUCUCUUAAAUGAUCUUCCCCAACUUGCACAGGUAACAGUUAGUGGUGUGUGGCUUCAUGUCGGCUGAAUGUCUAAAGUCUCUCACUGAUAAUUAAUUCUUUAGUGUUAAAGCUCCUCGCUCACAUUAUGAUGCAACACUUUUUCAUUUUGUAAAGAAGAGGCAUACAAAAGCACUCAGUGAAAGACUUUUCCAGACUCAAACACUCUGUAUUGUCUUCUGUAACAGUGUCCGGUAAAAAUGCGAGCCACAUGAAGCCAUGCAUUUAUGUGUGUGUGUGUGUGUAUGUUGUUGAUUUGUUUGUUUUUGUUUUCCUCCUGCAGGAGGCCUCAUGUGACUGUGUGAAUGUUUUAUGUAAGAAUGGUGAAAUCAAAGGCUGUUGAGUUUUAGCACGAAGGAAGAGGGUGGUUUAACAACAAAAACAAAAAAAAUCCUGUUAUCAGAACAGAUUUCCUGAAAGAAAAAUGGGGGUGUUUGGGAAAAUACGAUUACAAACUUAUGAUUUCAGUCCUGCAACAUAUUAGAAUUCAGUAAAUCCAAGAAUGAAAAGUUCCUACAGUGAUCCAGCUCAAAUGUCAAUUUAUGUUUUGGAUUUUAUGGUGUUUACCUCCUCAGGUUGUGACACAAGAAAACCGAUCUAAUCACCCAGUUAGAAACGAUUGACUGCUGCAAAAUCACUUUAGAGUAGAUUGUUAUAUGUAUUACAGCAGAACGGUGGAAUCAAAGGCUGUCGAGGUUUAGCACAAAGAAAGAGGAGUGGGUUUAAAACAAAAAGUCCUGUUGUGGAAACAGAUUUCCUGUAAAGGGGGCGUCUUUGCAAAAUCAGAUAAAAAGUGUUGAUUUCAGUCCCACAACAGACAGAAGUCCAAUAAAUCAGACGUUCUCUAGUGAUCUCAAAAACUGAAGUACACCUAUGAUUUUGUCUGUAAUUCUUAUGAUGUUUACCUCCUCAGGUUAUGAUAACUAGAGCGAUGAGACAAAAGCGAUGUAAUCUCCCAGUUUGAAACAGUAAACCGCUGCAAAACAUUCUCCACCUUAAAAGAAAAAUGGUAAAAAAGCAUAACUUCCGGCCGCCUUGUUUAAUUUUAGAGUAUAUUGUAUUGUGUAUUACAGCAGGUGUUUGCUUCUUUUUCUUAUAUUACCAUGUAGCCACGGUGCUUCUGUUGUUUAAAAUGCUCAAAUGCACUAUAUUCAGAUGUCCACUCUGCAGUCUGCAUGAAAUGACCUGGAUUUAUUGUUAUUAUUUCUGAGUGUUGAAAUUAUAUUAGCGAAAACAAAAAAGAUGACUGUCUUUUGAAAAGGGACCAUCUUGAGUUCGUGUGUUUCCUUUUUGUUCAGCUUUUUCUUUAGUUUCCUGUCAGACUAUGGUGUUUGUGUGAUGACAGCUGAGUUAUCCCGGUUAUCACAUGACCAUCUGAGCUCACUUAACUAAAAAAAAAAAAAAAAAAAAUUGAACAAAGAAGAAUAAAUAUGUCUAUGUUUUGUUGCCUGAGGGAGCUUCGGGGAGCAGAGAGGAGGACUGACCUGUGAAUACACUACAUUGAAAAAGAAAAGGCAUCAACGCUUCACACCACAUGCAGCGAUACGGUCACACAACGGUGUAAUCACACAGUAAUUGGAUACUCUUUUGUAUGUACAUAUAAAUAAAACGACUUAAAAAAAAUAACUGGCAAAGUUAUUAACAUACUGUAGUAACGGAAGAAAAGAAUUAAACAACCACCAUGGAUCAUGUAGCAUCAUAAUGAAUUAAAAGACAUAAACCCC